GGGCGGUGGGCAUGGAAUGGGCUGUCCAGAGCUGUGGACACAGCCCCAAGUGCCAGAGUUCAACACUCUCAGACAUAGGGUUUGAUUUUGGGUGGUGCUGUGUGGAGCUAAGGGUGGGACUCCAUGAUCCUUGUGGGUCCCUUCCAACUCAGGAUAUUCUGUGAUUCUGUGAUGCUUUUUUGCUCAGCAGAACUGCUUGGGACAGGAAAGUCUGCACACUUUGGGAUGUCUGACUGUGCAGUGUCUGCCAUCCACACCACAAAGCUGAAGUGUUACAGCACAGUGUAUGGGCCACCAAUUUCAUCUAGAAUGAUACUUGUGUUACAAGAGUGUACUGAUGGUGAUUUAGCUUUUCAGGUCAAUUCACACCACUAAAUUGUGAUAAUCCCGGGGAGACGUGUUGUUUAAGUUAGGCUUGGUUCUAAUUCUGUUUGCGUGCAGAAGGAUCUGGAUUUGCUAUACUGUGUUGUUAUUUUAGUGUAAAUAAGGGUCUGAAGCUGGAUGUUUGCUUCAGCUGGAUGCAAAUUCUCUUGCUCUUUCUGCUUAUUCAGCCUCACUGUAAACCUGCAGUGUGUUCUGCAUUAACAUUGUGCCUGCUGGGAGAGGCCACCUGGAGCAGGUCACCUGUGUCCUCAGCAACUGGUCAGUUACAACUCCUGUGGCAAAAGGAGUCAGGAUUAGCGUUUUCACUUGGCUUUUCAUAAGAUGGGUGCUAAUGAGCUCACUGAUCUAUCUGGAAAAAGUAAGUCAGCACAGGGAAAUUGUCUCAGCCUCUUUGUUGACAUUACUGUGGCAAGCAAUCACAUAGCUGAGCGAUGUACAUUGUUAUUUUUAAUACUGUCAGCUAGGAAAAUUCAUUGCACCUUCAUUAUAUCAUAUGUUAUUACAGAUAUCGUUUUGGAAAGGGCAAUUCCUGCAAUAUGAUGCUGAUCUCCCACAGACUAAUUUUGCACAAGUGCAGUUCCUGAGAGCUUGCCUGCUCUGGCAGCAAGAUAGGAUGUGAAUUUAUAGCAUCCUAGCUAUUCUAUGUUAAUUCACUCAGUGUUUGUCUUUGUGGAUGAUAUUUCACUCCACUUUGAAUGUGAAUUAAGUUGCUCUUCCAGAUUUCCACAAACAACACUGGUGCAAGACAGCCAUUGCUCUGUAAAUUUGUACACUUCCUCACUGCACACUAAAUUCCUCUUGCAGACAAGUGUUCCAUUCACUGGGAUGAUUUCUGACUUGCAUUAACCUAAGUGAGACUGCAUUGCUAUAGCUGAACCGAUAGUGUUGUAAGGAUAGAGUCAUUACAAUACAGGCAAAACCCUUAAAUCAAAAUCCCAACUUAAGCCUAGCGACAUCCAUGCUUCCACAUCAGGCUUUGCUGGUCCAGUUCACAAGGACAUAUCUAUGCAUCCUGCCAUGACUCAUUCCCAUUUUCAGCCCAUCGUUCAUGCCACUGGUGUCAGGAAAACAACUUGGAUUAAAAAGUAACUCUCAAAAAAUGUUGUGAAUGUUUCUAAUCCCAGUCAUCCUGAUGUGUCUGGUGCAGAGAGCAGCCCUAGGAGCAGGAGCCUUGGGAGCAGCAGGCAAGCAGCAGGCAAGCAGCAGGCUCAGGUAGGAGACGAGGAGCAUAACAAAGGAUGAGAAGGACCCCUCUCUCCAGCUUUGCUGCCAGAACAGCCUGCUGCCUCGGGAGCUCUCUGUGCUUGUACUGGGGCUUUGUGAGCUGGAAUGCUGGUCAGUGGGCAUCAUCCAUGCUAGUGUGACGUUCACCAUGGCUGAGGCAGAGAUCAGAGGGCAUUAAGCUUUGUGUGCAGCUGUCCUAAAGUGGGAUGAAUGAAAUUAAUUGCCCAUAAAACUCUGCCUUCCAAAGGAAGUGCAAAGAAUGCAACUUCAGGGCCUUAAGGGAGAUUUUAUUCAGAGUGCUUUUGCUCAAGUAUCAAACACACACAGGCACACAACCUUGCAAAGAGCAAGAACAAAACAAGACCCAUAGUGUGCAGUUAUUCUGUGACUUCAUAGAUGGGUAAAACUGCAAGGAACCAAAACUUCACUCUAAGUCAUUCCCCAUGCUUUCUCUUGCUGAAAGAGUCUGUUUGAAUACUCAGACUUCCUCUUACUGUGAUAAGAUCAAAACCCCCCGACCUCAUUUGUUUUAAUGCCAGCCUGGAGCCUUAGCUGCCAGAUGUCUCUUGCUUGAGCAACCACUUGGAGGAAGAAAGGAAGCACUUCUUUUCCAAUAUUUUAAAAUGGUGUUAAAAGGAAUGGUCACAGUGCCUAUACAUAAAGUACUGUUUAAAAUUAUAUAAGUAACAAUAAUAAUAAGUAAUUGAAAAUGUUGCCUUCGCUUUCACAACUUCCCACAAGAUUUUUUUUCUCUUGUGUGCACUCUGACUGAUUUUGCAGAGCAUGUGUAGUUGAUCCUGAAGGAGGCUAAUGAAACUUUUUAUAGCAUUUUCAGGCUACUCAUAAAAGCACUGUAUUGAAACUAGGAAUCACUUGUUGUUUUUAUGACUGAUAUUGUUAUUAUUUUCUAAAAUUAAAAAUAGCCCAUGCUAAAUUUAAGGUCCUCCAAAAUAAUAUAUAACUGUGGCUAUGCUCUGGUGGUUUUUUUUGUUUUUUUUUUUGUCUACAAAAGUCAUAAUUUCUGUCCUCAGUUGUCUAAGGCACGUGGUAGCGGAAUCCGCUGCAGUGAAAAGUAGUAGAAAAGGAAAGCAUGCACAAAAAGGUUUUGGUCCCUAUUUCUUCCAAUAGUUUUCUCAUGUUCCUAUAACAUUUUCAUUUGCCCAUUCAGAAUCUCUUUUCCAUAAAAUAAUCCAGUCCUUCCUUGUACUCCGUGUUCUCGGCACAUAGUUGUACAGCCUGACUGUAGGGCACGACCAGUGAAUCAUAAUAGCAAAUGUCAACAGCAAAAGAUCUCCAAUAGCCCAUUAGCUGUUUGAGUUCAUAUUUGUUAUUUACUGAGUGACGGUGAAUAAUGAACAAAUUGCUGCAAAUCAUUACAGAUUUGUGGCUAAGUCGCUAGUAAAAAGGGAAAAUCGGUUAAAGUAAUUACAUAAUUUAUUUGCAAUGGAAAAAUUGCCUUGUUCUCAUUAAUAUUAUAUAGGUUAGACAUAGCACUAGCAAGAGAAUAAAAUCAGUUAGGGAUGCAAAAAAUGGAAACUAAAAUUAGAGGAGAGUGAAAGAAAUUCUCACAAAAUGCCUCCACGAACCAAUUAUCAGCCCUAAUCUCUGUAAUUGAGACCUGUGCAAGCAUCAGACAGCUGCAGAUAGUCACUCCAAGUUUUGCCUGUAGUCAGUAGUUAGAUGAAUACAUUAAGUUAGGUACAUCUCAUUAUAGCUAAAUCUUUGGUCAGCCUUCGAAUUUGUGUAUGAAUUCAGAUUUCAUCUUUUACUUGUAGCAUAUGGGAUCGGGCCAGUAUGCAAGUCUGCUGGCCAUCCAGGCAGGCCUUCUGAGAGGUAAAUCAGAAUUCUGUAGCUGUUGUACAAAUGGGCACAGGAGUCCGAGAGCGUACCGUUGAAGGAAAAUGACAGUUCCCAGCACACAGAUUGAGUAGUGAGGGGCCAAGCCUAAAAUAGAAUGGUAUCUAACUAUUUUUCCAUUGGCUUUGCGAAGCGCACAAGGGCAUGCCUCUUCAUGCAUUUGCUUGAACCGUCCUCCAAAUCAAUUGCCAUUUUAGGAUAGUCUCAAGGACUGUGUAGAAGCAAGAGAUGUCCUGAAAGUGUUUUUAUGUUUCCUCUUUAAAGAAAAUACAGAGUAUCAGGAGUUAGUCUUAUCAGACAUUAUGCAAAAUCUUAUGACAGAUAAAAAAUCCUGCUCAGCUUCAUAUCUAAUUAGCUCUAAUAUUUUUUUCAUUGCAAAGUCAAAGGCUGUCCGAAUUAAUGCAGCUAUCUGAAUAUUUUUAGUCAGGAGCCUAUUAAUGCUGAAAUGUUGUUUUGCAAAAACGUGCUAUAACUAAAGCUCAUGAUGGAAGUAAUUUGUAAUAUUCAAUGACCUCAUUUUAUACUGUUUUGCUCACUAGAAGCUAAUGUAUACGAUGCCAUGUGAAAUUUUCAGAGAAGCCUGUCUGCAGGACUUAUGGGAGCCAUAAAUGGAUUAAACCUCUCACUCCCUGCUUUGGCAAGUGAUCAGUUACAUUUAAAUAAAGGUCAGUCUGUCUUUACAAAGAACACACUGGAAGCAAGCUUAAUAGCUUUCCCUACUGAGCCUAGAACAUAACUAUUUGAAGCAUAAUUAACAGCAGGGUGCCAGUCACUGAUUGUGCUUUUUGCUUUAUUUUACGUCUGGGGAGUUCCAGUAUUCCCCAUUAGUUUUAAGAGAGGGCACAGUGCUAGUUAUCAAAUUGACAGUCUUGACCUGGCAUCUGAAAGCAGCUGUAAAACAUUGCUUAGGGCAAUUAAGAUGAAGGCCAAAUGCCAUAUCAAGACCAGGACUGUAAUAUUGCUACAAAUUGGACAGUCAUGUUCCAUGCCAUGAUUCCAGACAACAGCAUAGGCAUGGUAUCUGCUAGAUUCAAGAGUGCGGACUUGUUUACUCUCAUACCAGGUGAUAGUGAUAAGGAAGUAAACCAGAUGUCCUAUUACCUCAUCUUUAACGGUACUGACCACAAAAGGGUUAAACACAGUAUGUCCUGUUUCCUGAGCAUAUCCCAUUUGUUUAGGGUUUCUUGACUAAUAUUUGUAGCCUCUGUGUCAAAAGUGAUAACCAUCUACAUGUGAAGAGAACAUGGCCGACAGAACAAUUUUGGUAGCCUGCAGACAGCCUGAAGUUCUAAUGGAGAUCUGUGAAUUACCCUGACCUGCUGGACUGGAACACCAACUUGAGCAGUCCAGUGGCUGCACUUCACUGUCGUCGGUGACUAAUUCUGCUCUGAUCAUUUCAUCUAAUGCUACCAGAAAAUGGGUCAUGGGUUAUAUGGGACUUUUGAAAUGUUGUCCUCCUGGAGAAAAACUAGAGAAGACCAACAUGUUAAAGAGAGGACUGCAGCCGUAUUUGCAGACUCCAUGCUCUCGUUUUCCCUCACCACUGCCAUGUACCUGGUCACUUUUGGAAUAGGUGCCAGUCCCUUCACUAACAUUGAAGCAGCCAGGAUUUUCUGCUGCAAUUCCUGUAUUGCAAUUUUCUUCAACUACCUCUAUGUACUCUCCUUUUAUGGUUCCAGCCUGGUGUUUACUGGCUACAUAGAAAACAACUACCAGCAUAGUAUCUUCUGUAGAAAGGUACCAAAGCCAGAGGUAUUGCAAGAGAAGCCUGCAUGGUAUAGGUUUCUUCUGACAGCCAGAUUCAGUGAGGACACAGCGGAUUCAGAGGAAACGAACACUUACGAGAGUCAUCUUUUGGUGUGGUUCCUUAAACGCUAUUAUUGUGACUGGAUAACAAACACUUACGUCAAGCCUUUUGUAGUUCUCUUUUACCUUGUUUAUAUAUCCUUUGCCUUAAUGGGCUACCUGCAGGUCAGUGAAGGGUCAGACCUGAGCAACAUCGUAGCGACCGCUACACGGACCAUUGAGUAUACGACUGCCCAGCAGAAGUAUUUCAGUAACUAUAGCCCGGUGAUUGGGUUCUACAUCUACGAGUCGAUAGAGUACUGGAACACCAGUGUCCAGGAGGACGUGCUGGAGUAUACCAAGGGCUUUGUGAGGAUAUCUUGGUUUGAGAGCUACUUAAAUUACCUUAGGAAACUCAACAUAUCUACUGGAUUGCCCAAGAAAAAUUUCACUGAUAUGUUGAGGAACUCCUUCUUGAAAGCCCCUCAGUUUGCCCAUUUUUCAGAGGAUAUCAUCUUUUCCAAGAAAUACAACAACGAAGUUGAUGUCGUGGCCUCCAGAAUGUUCCUGGUGGCCAAGACAAUGGAAUCCAAGAGGGAAGAACUUUAUGACCUCCUGGAAACCCUGAGGAAGCUCUCUCUCACCUCCAAGGUGAAAUUCAUCGUUUUCAAUCCAUCAUUUGUGUACAUGGAUCGUUAUGCCUCUUCAGUGGGAGCCCCCUUACAAAACUCCUGCAUUAGUGCUUUAUUUCUGCUCUUCUUCUCUGCAUUCCUGGUGGCAGACUCUCUGAUCAAUGUAUGGCUCACUCUAACUGUUGCCUCGGUUGAGUUUGGAGUUAUAGGUUUUAUGACCUUGUGGAAAGUGGAACUAGAUUGUAUUUCUGUGUUGUGCUUGAUUUACGGAAUUAAUUAUACAAUUGACAACUGUGCUCCACUGUUAUCAACCUUUGUCCUGGGCAAAGAGUUCACAAGAACUAAAUGGGUGAAAAAUGCCCUGGAAGUGCAUGGGGUAGCUAUUUUGCAGAGCUACCUCUGCUAUAUUGUUGGUCUGAUUCCUCUUGCAGCUGUGCCUUCAAAUCUGACCCGUACACUGUUCAGGUGCUUGUUUUUAAUAGCAUUAGUCACCUUCUUUCACUGCUUUGCCAUUUUACCUGUGAUAUUGACUUUUCUGCCACCGUCCAAGAAGAAGAGGAAAGAGAAGAAGAAUCCUGAAAACCGUGAGGAAAUAGAGUGUGUUGAAAUGGUGGAUAUGGAUAGCACUCGAGUGGUUGACCAAAUUACAACAGUCUAACUUGUUUGUUUGUUGCUUUUUUACAGUAGGUCUUACUGAGAAAAAAUAAACCAGUACUGACUCAGUAUCUGGGGAGAGAAAGGGGUUUGGAGGUUUCUCCUCCCCCCUCUAAGCUAAAUCCAGGAAUAUUCAAAAUGCGAAAUUUAAAAAGAAAAUAAAAGAGCCAGGGGAUUGCACCUUGAUCAGCUCCAAUAACAGGUAUUACGAGAGAAUUUGCACACCUGUGCAAAGAGGGAAUGAAUUUCAGACACGUGAAGUGAAAUCUAAUGAGAGAGGUUGGGUUCCUAAGCAGCCUUAUGCAUUGCUUGCGCUGCAGAUACUGCAAUUAUUGUUGCUAAACCCCAUCAGAUUGAAAGGUCAGCUGUCAAGGAUGAAGUAGCACUAAGUAUUCGCUGGAUGUAAAGGCUUUACAAACUUUCUGCAAAGCAAUAACUCAAGUCAGUGAGUCCACUCUUAUAGGUCUUAGCCAUCAUGUUUAAUUUUUCUUUUCUCCCCUAAUCUAAACAUUUAUGCAAGACUGUAUAACAGAUAGCAAACUGUACUGAGAAAGAAGGCAGUACACAGCAACCAAACACUUUCCAAACACUUUUAUGCUAUAAAUCACUUUUUUUUCUAAAAAUAUCCUUAUUUUAAAAUGUAAAUCAUCCUGCGUAACAUUUUUAAUCAUGGUUUUAUAGCUGUUUCUUUUUCUUAUAAAAACAAAAAAGAAAAAAAAAUCCGAGUGACUCUGUCACUGUAGAAACCAUAUAAUUCUAUUUUAUAAAUGUCUUGCUACUAGCUAAACACCUGCUUUACCAACUGUAACCUUGUUAGCACUCUACUAACACACGCGAGUGGAUCUAGCAGCAGACAGAAGACGGUGUACUGGAUAUUUCAGCACCCAAAUCCAUGAUGCAAACCUCAUGUACUAAAACGUUGCCGAGAAAGUGAAUGUUAGGGCUCUUUUGGUGAGAGCCUAUUUCAGGCCAUUCACUAGUAAUGCACACUAAAAAGAUUAGUAGGUAGUUUUCUGUAAUGUGUAAUUUACUGUAACUUCCUGGAGUACCAGUAAAGCAAUAGACCUGACAGCUAUGGGCUCUUCCAAGAGACAGCAGACCCUGAGAGUUGUACGUAGCAAACUGAAGUUUAAUACUAGCAAGUUGAACAAUGUCCCCAAAGAGUCCAUAUCAAAGCGGCCUAUUGGAAACAUCACAUCCAAGAGAAAAAAAAAAGAAAAAGAAGAAAAAAAAAACGUACCUUAAAAAGAUUACAUUACCAAUUCUUGUUGGAGCUGUGAGUUCUAAAUAAUUCCAUCAGCGUCUCUGAUAUGGAGUAAUACAGAUAACAAAGCAUUUCUUCCCACCCUGCACCCCUCUACCCCUCAGAACUACAUUAUUAUUACUCAGUGGUUUGUUACCGUGUUGGGAUACAUGAGCCAAUUCUCUGGGUUUUGCUGAGGGUGCUCCAGCUAUAAAUGGCCUGCAAAAAAACCGUCUGCAGGAAGCUGACGUGUAUCAGGCAAUCUCAUGAAUGUACGGACCCAAGAGUGCUGCACAGGUUCUCAACAGCUGGCGUGGUGCUUGCCAGUGCCUGGAGGUCAUUGGGUCCUGCAGGAGCUCUGGUGCUUGGCUGCAGGGCACCAGCAUUGCACAGACUUAGCGCAGCUCUGGCGGCAGCCUGGGGGUGCUGUUUUGUGUGAAGCAGCUCUAUAGCAUCAAGUCCCAGCCACCCCCAGCUGCCCCGUGCAAAAUGCGCUAAGGCCACCUUGUGAAUGUUAAAUUUCAAGCGAGCAGAUACUUCCAGAGCUUCCUCCCUCGCAGGUGAGAGAUGUUUUGCCCUCCCUGAGGCAAUCUGUUGCAUUCUGAGUAGCAAAACAAGUUGGCAGUGCAGCUGGCAGCAUUUGCCUUCCCCUGCAUAACUCCUCUCUGACCAGAAGGGAAGGAAGCUGUGUCCAGAAAUGCACAGGCUCUUUGCUUGAAUGAGCACCAUUUGCUGCAGUACCAGCUGAGAAGCAGUAACAUAAGCCUUGGCAGAAGUCAGACAGGCAGACAAUUCAGAGACAGCCAAAUGAAUGUGAGGUGAGGGGAGAGGCCAUUUUCCCCUCCUUAGACUCAGGUGUGGGGCUAUGUUUUUAAGCCAGAAAUAAUUCCUCCCAUGUACUUCCACUGUAGAAUUUCUGUGGCAGUCAUUAUGUCAUUUCAAUUACAAUUUCCCUAUGUUCUGACUGUUCAACAGGCAAUUGCAGUGGCUUUUAAAAUUCAGAUGGCAUUAACUCAGUUGAGAGCUACAGAGAAAUUGCAAACCAUUUCUGACAGCAGCAAUCUACUGACUUGUGAGACUCCUGGAAACAGGAGACAUGUGAAAGAGUUGGUUUGUACACGGUAGAGAGAAAUACAUGGCAAACACUGAUUUGACACCUCUGCUACCCUUCAUGAUAUCACUUGCAAACACAGGAUGCAAGGAUGGCUUCCAUAAGCCUCUCACAUCUAAUUGAAGUGCAUAGAUAGGAGAGUCUUUAAAGAAAUGUCCAAUGACAAGCUUGUACUUUCACAGAUAUCAUUAAAUCUCAGUGUGCGAGGCCUUCAGAGAUCUUCAAGGAAAGUGAGAAAACCUGUGAUAAAAUUGCCUUUCUGUCUUCAGAUCUGUUGGGGAAAGUGUAUGGAGGCAGUGCCAUGGCAAAGUGCCACAGUACGUGCUUGGGCAUCCACAGGGUGAGAGGAAGACCACAUCUUUGCCCCAAUGGAGAGCUAAUGAUACUGAAGUUGUUUCUGAGGGAUAUUUGCCCAACCCAUUCUAAAAAUCUGUUUAAAGGCAGAUUCCUCCCCCACCAGGUCUUCUGAGCACCAUGUUACCCACCAAUUAUUCAUGCUGGCUGCCCACAAGUGGGAUGGGCAAGAGGACCCAUGCCCCUCUCUGCACAGAGAAGUCCAUGUCAGGUGAGAGGCAGUUUCUGAAGACUCACUGUCCCCUAGAAACCCAAAACAGAAACAAAACCAACUUACAUACCUGUCUCAUCAUGUUCCACCUCAAGCUGACCUUCCAUUCCCCGCUUGUAGGCUUGGUGAUCAGAAGUCAUGAAAAUGCUUAGGGUGUUCUUGGCCAAAGUCUAUGAGAUUCCUGCCUGAAUACGGAUGUUUCUGAUAGACAACAAAUGUUCUUGCUCUACAGGUAAUCUGAAUACCUCAACAUGAACCCAAAACAGCACGUUCUCAAGGUCACAGACUGUGCUAACCCACUUUGCCUUCCUUCCCAUAGGCUUUUUCCUCUGGAGCAAUUAUCUCCACCAAAGUCAAUGGGUAUGUGCCACAUCCAUUGAUAAAGGUGCAGGUACUGUGCUCUGUUCUCAGUCCAAAGCACUCCAAAUGGCCAACUGUGCAUCAGCUUUUACCCUCACUGCUGAGCCUCCGUUUGGAAGACUACCUAGGUUUAAGCAGUUUUUGUCACCCUCUUGAGAGGCUUUCUAGCCCAGGUUUCACUGUGGUUUUGUUUACAAUAGAGAUGACCCACUUUUUGUAUACAUUCAGUGAGUAACAGUAUUUAUUAUACACUGCCAGGCACUGACUAAAAUUUAACAGCAAAAAUUUUGACUACAGCAAAAGAGAAUAUAUAGGACUGCGGCUCACUGAGAGUGUUUAUCUUCUACAAACAUUAAAAUUUCCAUACAGUAAGGUAUGGUGUACAGUAUAUUUUUACUACAGGGUAAACAUGGGGAAAAAGAACCAACUUAAGUGCAUGUGUCCACUAACACCACUCAGUUUUUUUGUAAGAUAUUUUCUAAUGUUGGCUUAGUACAAGUCCAUUUUCAAUUUACAAGUUCCCUAACUGGAAGGAAAAAUGAAGAGAGAAAAGUUGGUAUAGCUGGAAUAAUUUCACCAUAAAAAUUAAGUGAUGAAGCCAGAAUUUUCUGCCCAAAGCUUUAAGUGAAAUUGUUCCACUUAAAUUAAAAUUGGAGCUGUGAAGGCUGAGAAAAACCUGCCUAGCAAAGAACUUCUUUUCCAAAGGCAAGCAAACGCAUUUAUCUUGGACAACUGCAUGAACCCGGAGGGAAAACAACACCAGAGUGGCUUGAGGUUGCGUUGAGCCAUGUGAGGAUUCGCAUCUGCUCUCAGGAGCUUUCUGAGCCAGCACUGCAUUCAGGUAACAUGUGUACUGUAAAUUGAAAGGUGUACUUUUAAAGGUUUUUCUCUGGGCUAGCUGUCCUCUGGCAAGCCACCAAAUCCCACCGCAGCCAACACCUCAUUUAUUUUUAUUAACCGAGGAAACAAAACAGUAGCAGCACAACUGAGAAAAUUCGGGAGAGGGAGAAGAAAAAUUGUGAUUUCUCUUUUAAACAGGAGAAAGUCAGAAAUGAGCUCUUUAGCAUGUGAUUUUUGCAGGGGGGAACUUCGAAAAGCAAAUGGGUGUUUUUUUUCCUGCUGCUUAGCUUUGAAAAUAGAGCAUUCUUGGAAAUCUGGGAAAAGGGAGCAGAAUAGAGGAGCUGGCUUUAGGUUUGCUGUGCACAUGGAGCUACUGCAAUUACCCAGGCAGGGACAGGAGCUGUGGGCAGGAUGGGAGCACAGGAAGAAAAGAGGACAUGGUCAGAACCACAGCAUGGGUACUGAGUGCAUGUCACAGCCCUGCCCUGCACUGCACACAGGGUGUAUGCAGCCCAGAGCCUGUGCAUAGAGCAAGCUCCUGGACUGCCUGACACCUCUGCAGCACCUCGCUGUUCUCUGUGUCUAGAAGACCAUGAACAGAGAGGGUUACCCAAACCCUUUCCCUCCCCUACAUACAUGGAUAUUAAAACCUAAACUCAUACAAACCAAGGCGUACAAUUUGGGCCACAUACAUCGGGGUGAAAUAUAUAUUCCUGCAUCUCCAAUGAGAAAGAGAUGCAUCUGGGCAGCAUUCUCCUCUCACAGCUGGGCACCCCACCAUGGCCACAGGGCACCCUGGGACCCCAGAGCAGGCACAGGGGAAACCUUACUCACUCUCCCUAUCCCCAGUCUUGUUAGAGAAUGGGGAGAUUUAGUUCCAAAUUUUGGCAGGGAUGGGCAUCUGUGAAUCCCAUUCUCUGCCAGGAAAGUGCAAGAGAAAAAUCUGUUGUUUUUUUUUUUAAGUAUAUGGCAAAGGCUUGGACCUAGGAGGGGAUCUGGAGUGUGUUCCUGCCCAGCAUGCACAUGUUGGGGCAGAGGGGUGUGGUUUCUGCAGAGGUGCCCCCUAUGCAGCUCCCUGCCUGGGGGAUAGCAGCUCAGCAUCUCCUGGGGCACCCACUGGUAUUCUGCAGGUCAUCACUAUUUCACUUCUGGGGGGGAAAAAAUAAUAAAAAAAAAAAGAGGAAAGUCAG